AUGAGAACGCUGUACUUCAGCGUCCAGGGUCAUGUGAUCGUCCUCAUCAUCCAGAUUCAUUGGUGUUGUUUCAUACAAACUUCCCUCAUCUGUCUGGUCACGGCUGGGACUACACCCAUCUACUGUAGAUCGAAAGAUUCCUUUUUCCCGGAGAGAGAGGCCUGGCAGGAGGACUCCCGGUCGUCCUUGGGGCUGAACUCGACUGAUGCUGACAGCAAUGCUAGUCGAGGCUGGGACGGCGGAGAUGGUUCCACCAACGCUCUGGAAGGCGCUUCGUCGUCUUCGGCGUCGGACCUUCAAGGCAGCACCGUCGGUGGACGGCACUCCGACUCCACAGAUGUGUUCAGCGGUGCUGCGUUUCCGAACGAAGAGGAGCAGUGGUCGUUUCCUGCCUGUGAGCCGUUUUCGCCGGUCGUGGGGGCCGGAGUAAGCAAGCUCGUCCGAGGAGAACUUGUCCAAGAAAAGCUCGCCCAAGAAAAGCUCGUCCAAGGAAAGCUCGUCCGAGGAGAACCCGUCCAAGGAGAGCUCGCCCAAGAAAAGCUCGUCCGAGGAGAACCCGUUCAAGAAAAGCUCGUGCCGGUAGAGACACCACGGGCGUUGGAGCUCGGCGAAUGCAGCAGAACGCUCACCUCGGUCGCGGCGUUGAUCGAACAACAAGCUCCGGACACGAAAAGAAGAGAAUUUCACUGUCAGUACUGCGACGGCGUACUUCGUUCCCUCGGCGCCCUGGAACGCCACAUUGCAGAGCACACCCCCGAGAGGCUUUUCCAGUGUCAAGAAUGCAACGUCCGGUUCUUUCUUGUCGAUAGCCUCAACAAGCACAUUAAAGGGCACAUGAAGGUCCACUCUACGAAGUGGCACACCUGUGAAGUAUGCGGUAAAAAUUUCAGCAAUUCCUUUCUUUUGAAGUCGCACCAAAGAAUCCAUACGGGGGAGAUGCCUUUCUUGUGCCAAUUGUGUGGAGGGAAGUUCCGCUAUCCCGCCAGUCUUAGUUAUCAUAUUGCCAAGUCCCAUUGAGGACGGACUCCAGCAUGAAUUUGUCUUGUUACUGAGAAGCAAUCAUUUUAGCGUUUUGCUUCUUAUUGUGGUGGUAUAUUAGUUUUUUUGAAUAUAUAGAGACUUUAUAUUAACCUCAUAUGUAGACUUUUUUUGUUACAUUUCAAACGCUUAAGAAAUAUAUUCUUUUGGUAUGUGGACAAAC